CCAACUACCUCAUGAUUAUUAUCACAUUCUUUUUUCUCUCUUAUUAUAAGUAUCAAUCCUUGAACUAAUUUCAUCACAUUAGUUCAGAAAAAGAUGGGUAGAACUGGAGCUAGAAUGCCAAGUUUUUGCCUAAAUAGAAUUAGGCCUCAUGUUCAAAUUCGUUCACCACCUAUACAAGCCAAAAACAAUGAGAAUUUAGCUAAGAAAGUUGAAUGUGAUGAUCAUGAAGAGAAAAAAGAUACCUCAUCAACCAUGGUUGAGGGAAAAAACACCGGUGAUAUCGCGAAAUCGACACCGAUAAUUGGCCGGAAAAUCAUGAUUGUAGUUGAUUCUAGCCUUGAAUCCAAGAAUGCAUUGCAAUGGGCAUUAACUCAUACUGUUCAGAGCCAUGACUUACUUGUUCUUCUCUAUUUUACUAAGUCUUCUGCUAAACAAGAUGAAGAUUCUAAAAAGGAAAUAAAUCCAAGAAUUUUUGAGUUUCUUGCUUCCAUGAAGAAUACUUGCAAGCUGAAAAGACCUGAGGUUCAAGUGGAAGUGGCAGUGGCACAAGGGAAAGAGAAAGGUCCUGUAAUAGUAGAAGAGGCCAAGAAACAAGAAGUGUCACUUCUGGUCUUAGGGCAGAAAAAAAGAUUCAUGGCGUGGCGGUUGAUUAUGAUGUGGGCCGGCGGUCGGCUGACUGUCGGCGGCGGCGGCGGCGGCGGCGGUGGGGUGGUGGAGUACUGUAUUCAGAAUGCUAGUUGCAUGGCAAUUGCAGUGAGGAGAAAAAGCAAGAAACUUGGAGGAUACUUAAUUACCACCAAAAGACAAAAAGAUUUUUGGCUUUUGGCUUAAUUGCAAAAUUUACAUAAUAUGCUUCUUGUAAAUUCAUAAUUACAGUAACUUAUAUUGAUUGGGAAGGGAAAUGGAAAGUUAUUAGUGAGUCAAAAAUUAUUAUUGGGCAAUGUUGUCUGUCAAAUUAACUGAUCUUUUUUUUCUGUUGAAGCUUUACAUAUGCCAGCAGUAAUGAGUUCUCAACCAAAAAAUAAAUGAAAAAAUAAAGAUUUUACAAGUUCAAAAUUGUAAAAUGAGAGCAAAAGAGAGAUCAAAAUUGCUUAACGGAUUUACAUGCGGAUCCCAAAUUUAAACUGUGUGUGUUCGGAAAUAGCUAGGCGUAAUUGAUAAAGUUAUGACAUGUGACCAGCAGUGCAAACAACUUCUUGCAUUAAGGCUACGUGCAAUAAAUCCUUAUAGUUCAGCCCAAUUCCCCGGAUCCCGCAUAUAGCAUAAGUUUAGUGCAUCAGACUACCUUUUUUUUGUGUGUUUGGAUUUGAAAGUCUUUCUCUUUAUAUCUAAUUU